AUGGAGAAAGCAGAAGGAAGAAACCAAACGUCCAUCGUGGAAUUCAUCCUCCUAGGAUUUGGGAAUGGCCCUGAACUGCAGCCCCUCCUCUUCCUGUUGUUUCUAGUCAUCUACAUUGUGACGGUGGCUGGCAACAUGCUAUUUGUUGCACUAGUGGUGGCUGAUCAGCAUCUUCACACCCCCAUGUACUUCUUCCUGGGGAACUUGUCCUGCUUGGAGAUCUGCUACACUUCAACCACCCUGCCCCGGCUGCUGGCCAGUCUCCUGACUGGCGACAGAACCAUCUCUGUCCAGGGCUGCCUGGUGCAAUUGUAUUUCUUUGGUGUCACGUCAAAUACAGAAAAUCUCCUGCUCACGGCCAUGUCUUACGAUCGGUACCUAGCGAUCUGCCACCCCCUGCGUUACACUGUUCUGAUGACUGGCCGGGUUUGUUGCCUGCUAGUGGCAGGGGGCUGGAUAAGUAGCCUACUGAGCAGCACCAUAGUACAGAUUUACUUGUGGCAAUUCACGUUUUGUGAUUCCAAAGAAAUCGACCAUUUCUUCUGUGAUUUUUCACCCAUUUUAAAAUUGUCCUGUAGCGACACCCAGACUCUAGAAUUGGUGACAUUUAUUCUUGCUGUCAUAGGCACGUUUCUUCCCUUUCUACUGACUCUGACAUCCUAUAUUUGUAUAAUCAUCAAUAUCCUGAGAAUCCCUUCCAACACUGGGAGGAAAAAGGCCUUUUCCACCUGCUCCUCGCACCUCAUUGUGCUUGCAAUUUUGUACGUGACUGUGUUAACUGUCUAUGUGGUUCCAAUACCCGACAGUCACAAGGUCCUACAGAAGAUAUUCUCUGUCUUCUACACAGUCCUGACUCCCAUUAUCAACCCUCUUGUCUACAGCCUGAGACCCCCUGCGUUACACUGUGCUGAUGAAUGGCCGGGUUUGGUGCCUGCUAGUGGCAGGGGGCUGGAUAAGUAG